CAAGAGAGAGAGAUAACACGGAUGGAGUGAGUCAACUACUCACCUUGUACUUCAACAAGAUCUCACUUCAUUAAAACCGUAAUCCAAACAAACUCAAAUCCACGGCAGAGACAGAGAAAGAGAUGUCAGAGUAUCUGGUCACUGGAGGAACUGGUUUCAUCGCUUCUUACAUCAUCAAAUCACUCCUCGAACUCGGACACACCGUUCGAACCACUGUCCGAAACCCUCAGGAUGAAGAGAAAGUAGGUUUCCUAUGGGAACUGAGAGGAGCGAAAGAGAGGCUGAAGAUGUUCAAAGCUGAUCUAACGGUUGAUGGAAGCUUUGACGAAGCAGUAAACGGCGUAGAUGGAGUCUUCCACACGGCCUCUCCUGUUAUUGUUCCACAGGAUCACAACAUUCAAGAAACAUUGGUUGAUCCUAUCAUAAAGGGUACAACCAACGUGAUGAACUCUUGUGCCAAGUCCAAAACCACUCUCAAAAGGAUCGUUCUUACAUCUUCUUGCUCCUCCAUACGGUACCGUUUCGACGCCACCAAAGCCUCUCCGCUCAACGAGUCGCAUUGGAGCGACAUUGAAUACUGCAAACGCUUCAACCUUUGGUACGCGUAUGCAAAGACUCUAGGUGAGAAAGAAGCUUGGAGGAUAGCUGAAGAGAAAGGGUUGAACUUAGUGGUAGUGAAUCCUUCCUUUGUGGUUGGUCCAUUGCUUGGACCUAAACCAACAAGCACUCUUCUUUAUAUCCUCUCCGUUGUCAAAGGUCUUGCUGGAGAGUACCGGAAUUUUACGGUCGGGUUUGUGCACAUAGACGAUGUAGUUGAUGCACAUGUGUUAGCCAUGGAAGAGCCUAAAGCAUCAGGGAGAAUCAUAUGUUCAAGUUCGGUUGCUCACUGGUCUGAGAUCAUUGAGUUGCUACGAAACAAGUAUCCUAAUUACCCACUUGAGAACAAGUGCAGUGACAAAGAAGGGGACAACAAUCCACAUAGUAUGGAUACAAGGAAGAUACAUGAGUUAGGAUUUGCAUCGUUCAAGUCAUUGCCUGAGAUGUUUGAUGAUUGUAUCCGCAGUUUUCAGGAGAAGGGUCUGCUCUGAUGAUAUUUCCAAAUCCAUGUCGUUUCUGGAUGGUGUUUUGUUACUGGUUGAAGCACCUCUUUAGUUUAUGGUUCCAGUAUAAUAAUAAUAAAACUUAAUAAGCUGGAUUUGAUUAAUCGCUUGCUCUAAUCUUGUAUUAAGCGUCUUUUCGCAGUCUAUAGUUUUUUCCAA